ACUAGAGGACGUCUGUUGAACAUGGAUCCUCACACAGUCAAGCCCAAUGCAAGGGUCUCCAGCAAGGACCCUCCAGCAGUCAAGACCAAAGCCUCACUACUCUCCAAUGUGAAGGUGUUUGUGAUGUGCCACAGCCUGCUGCAGCUGUCUCAACUCCUCCAUACUUCCUACUUUAAGAGCAGCAUCAGCACCAUUGAGCGUCGCUAUGGAUACAGCAGUGUUUCCACCGGAAGCCUGACAUCUCUGCAUGAGGUGGGCAACCUGCUGCUGGUGGUGUUUGUGAGUUACCUGGGCAACCGUGUGCACCGGCCACGUGUCAUUGGCAUGGGUGGUCUUCUCAUGGCAGGAAGUGCCGGGCUGCUGGCCUUACCUCACUUCCUGUCUCAGCCAUACCAGUAUAACUCAGCUCUAGCAGAGGAGGAAGGUGACAUAUGCGUGAUGAAUGGAAACUCAUCCUCCCCACUGGGCUGCCAUGCGCUGAGUUCCCAUCAUGCAUCAGCGCAGAGUGUUCCGUGGAGCGUCAUGGCCACUGCUCAGCUGCUCUUUGGCCUCGCCUCCGCCCCCAUACAGCCUCUUGGAAUCUCCUACAUCGACGACUACUCCGAGCCAGGAAACGCUGCUCUCUAUAUCGCCAUCUUGUUCUCAGUGUCUAUUUUCGGUCCUGCAUUUGGCUACCUUCUGGGCUCGGUCAUGUUGAGGAUCUAUGUGGAUGUGGACCGUAUAGACUCAAGUGCAGAGGUGGAGUUGAGCCCGUCUGACCCGCGGUGGGUGGGGGCAUGGUGGAUGGGCCUGCUGGUGUCCUCCACCAGCCUGCUGCUCACCUCCACCCCCUACUUCUUCUUUCCAAGGCACGGACACACGCCCACACAGAUGGAGACAGACUCACUCAAAGGAGACAAAAUCAAGCCGGAGACAUCUUUGAUCAGCAUUAUCAAGAUGUUUCCUAAGCAUUUUCUCAAGCUGAUGACCAACCCAGUGUUCAUGCUGCUGGUGCUGUCCCAGUGCUGUUUCUCCUGUGUGAUCUCGGGCUUGGCCACCUUCCUGGGCAAAUACGUGGAGCUACAGUUCAGCACCUCCGCUGCUAAGGGAAGCUUCCUCAUGGGCGUGAUGAACCUUCCUGCUGCCGCCAUCGGCAUGCUGCUAGGCGGCGUGGUCAUGAAGAAGACCCAGCCCUCGGCCAGAGCCAUCCCCUGGGUGUCCAUGAUGGCCCUCUCCGUGUCCAUCCUGCUGGGCAUACCCCUCUUCUUCAUGGGCUGCUCCCUGCAGGAGGUAGCGGGGGUCAACAUACACCCCUGGACUGAUGGGUCUGAGUCGGGAUGUGCCUCUAACUGCUCCUGUCUGGACACAACCUUUAACCCCGUGUGUGGAGAGAACUACAUGGAGUACAUCUCCCCCUGUCACGCUGGCUGCACCAACUAUACUCUACACUCAUCUGAACCAGUCAGAAUCCAGGCCUACACCCAGUGCAGAUGCAUUGUGGGAGAUGCUGGCUUAGGCCACGCCCUCCCAGGGUCAUGUGGUAACAGCUGCUCCAGUCUCCUCCUCCCAGCCAUGAUCCUCAUCGCCACGGCUGGAUUCAUUGCCAGUCUAACAAACUCCCCUCUCUACAUGCUGGUGCUCAGAUGUGUUUCGCAGGAACAAAAGGUCUUUGCCAUUGGGGUGCAGUUUUCUCUGCUCAGGAUGCUGGCCUGGCUGCCAGGCCCCACCCUGUUUGGAGUGGUCAUGGACUCAGCAUGUGUGUGGUGGAAGCGGAUAUGCGGCUCCCAGCUUGGGUCCUGUGGUUACUAUGACAAUGAUCUCCUCCGGAGCAGGUACUUUGGGCUACAGAUGGCUCUGAAGAUCCUGGGCAUCAUUCUGCUUGCGCUGGCUGGCUGGAAGGUGCAGAGGGUACAAGGUUACAACCUGGAGAAGAAAGGUCCGGUCGCUGUCUGACCAGGACCAAUCACCUGUCUCAAUUCCCUUUCUCGGACCAAUCAGAUACUGUGCCUUCAUUCUCUCUCAAGGACCAGUGACCUGCCUUUCUUCCCUCACAAGAACCAGUCAUAUGCCUUUUUUUCUUUUUCAUGGACCAAUCACCUACAUUCAUUCCAUCUCUUGAGCC